AUGGCUGACGCUGCUCCCCGUGGACGUGGCGGUUUCGGACGAGACCGCGGUGGACGAGGCCGACGUGGCCCCCGUCGUGGUGGUCGUCGUGACGGCGAGAAGGAGGAGUGGGUCCCCGUCACCUCGGUCGGCCGACUCGUCAAGGACGGCAAGAUCAAGUCGAUCGAGGAGAUCUACCUCUUCUCGCUCCCCAUCAAGGAGUACCAGAUCAUCGACCUGCUGCUCCCCAAGCUCAAGGACGAGGUCAUGAAGAUCAUGCCCGUUCAGAAGCAGACCCGUGCCGGUCAGCGUACCCGUUUCAAGGCUUUCGUUGCCGUCGGUGACUCGGACGGCCACCUUGGUCUCGGUGUCAAGUGCGCCAAGGAGGUUGCCACUGCCAUCCGUGGUGCCAUCAUUGUUGCCAAGCUCUCGACCAUCCCCGUCCGCCGUGGAUACUGGGGUAACGCUCUCGGUGAGCCCCACACUGUGCCCAUGAAGGUGUCCGGUAAGACCGCCUCGGUCAUGUGCCGUCUGGUGCCCGCUCCCCGUGGUACCGGUAUCGUUGCCGCCCCUGCUUCCAAGCGCAUGCUCCAGCUCGCUGGUAUCGAGGACUGCUACACCCAGUCGUCCGGUCAGACCGCCACCAUGGGCAACUUCUUGAAGGCCACCUUCGAGGCCGUCUCCAAGACCUACGCCUUCCUGACGCCCAACCUGUGGCGCGAGAUUGCCCCCCCUCAGACUCCUUAUGUCGAGUUUGCCUCGCACCUCGCCCGCACCCAGAAGAAGUCGCUCUACUAA